AUGCAGACAAGUAAAACAAGUUUUUCAGUGUUAGUGAUUUCCGUCUGGCUUGGGAUUUCAAAAGCAAUGGACAACAUGGAGGGCAAUACAACCACUUCUGAGAAACCCAUCCGUCAGUCCCAAUCUCUGUGUACUGGUGAACAGGACUAUGUUAACAAGAGGAAACAAGUAGUUCUGGAGUCACUCAGCAGACUGGGAAUCAACUGCACUGCAGAUUCAGUUCCCCACAUCACUCUGUUGGCAUCUGGUGGGGGUCAGAGGGCAGCUGUGGGUCUGGUGGGUUCCCUCUAUCAGAUGAGAGAGGAAGGUCUGUUGGACAGUUUGCUCUACCUGGGAGGAGUUUCUGGGUCAACGUGGUCCAUGUCCUCCAUCUACAGUGAUCCACACUGGAGCACCAGCAUGGACUCAACAGUGUCUAGGCUGUCAGGUCCUGGGGUUGAGUUGGAGGAGGCAUUGGCCUGGUUGGAUGAAAGGGCAAAGGAGGAGCACUUCUCUCUUUCUGAUAUCUGGGGGGUCUUGACCUCUGCUGGGAUCAUGAAACAGAUGGACCUACGGCGUCUUUCAGAUGAGGCCAGCAGAAAUGCCACCAACCCUUACCCCAUUUACUGCGCCAUAGAGAAGCACUGCUUCUCAUAUGGGCCUAUAGAAGGAAAAUGGUUCGAGGUGAGCCCUCACGAGGCUGGUUUCACAGAGUUGGGUCUCUUCAUUAAAACUUCUCUUCUGGGCAGCAAAUUCGAGAGCGGAGAACUAUUGGAGGAAAUGCCGGAGAUGGAUAUGGUCAAACUACAAGGUGUUCUAGGUUGUGCGUUGGCUCAUGAGGAGAUAAUCAGAGAGUUCAUCCCACCCUGGCUUAAUGUGCCUGGACAGAUAGACAGUGCUGCUAAGGAGUACCUGCGUGUAUACAAUGCACUUGAUAAACUAGUUGCCCUGACCAAAAGCACCAUUAACGAUCCUGCUGCUGUGUCUGACCUCGACAAACUGCAGAAAUUACUAGAAGACAAGGUAAAACAUAAUAAGUCCGUGUGGCUGGAGCCAAAAACUUCAGAGGAAAGAAAAGGUCUUUCUCAGCAGUGGAGUAUGGAGCUGCUGGCAGCAGUAGAGACCUGGAGCAGGAGUCUGGAGGAUGGAGCUUUCAAAACACAUGUCUCUCUUCUUACGAACAAGGUCUUUCCGAAGAUUAUGACAUGGGAGUGGGGAACGACCCCAAAUUUCCUAUACCAAUACCAAGAUUCCACGGUUCCAACUUGCCUUCGCUCUCAAGAAACAGUCUUCCUGGUAGACGCCGGGCUGCUGAUUAACGUAGCCUACCCUUCAUUUCUGGGAGAAAAGAGGGACAUUGACCUCAUCAUCGCACCAGAGUACAGCGCUGGAAACAUAUUUGAGACUCUGACUCUUGCCAGAGACUAUGCAGCCGAGUUGAAGAAGCCUUUCCCGGAGAUAGAUGAAAAAAUCCUUGAGGAGAGAGACUGGCCAAAGGACUGCUACGUGUUCGAAGGAAAAAAGAAGGAACCAUCGAUUAUUUACAUGCCACUCUUUAAUAGAAGAAACUGCAAAGAUGCAGAGGAGGUCAAAGCGAAGAUGGAGGAGUUCUCCACCUUCCAGCGUCCCUUCAGCCAGGAGAAGAUUGAGUUUGUGUUGGAGACGGCAAAAGCAAACAUAAAGAACAACAAGGAAACUCUACAGAUGGAGAUUCAAAAGUCUGUUCUCCGCCGUCACAACAAGAGGAAGCCUGUGCUGCGCUAGAUCUCUGAUUUCAUCAUGAUUAUCACUCAGACACUUUGCAGGUGUGUAGGCCUCAAGAGGCUUUGAGAACACAGCAUAACACAACCAAUACUCAAUCAUGUUAUGCAACAACAUAUAAUCACUAUUUUAUUAUUUCAUUAUUGUACUGUAGGUAUGCUAUCUGGCCAAAGUAUGUGGAUACUGCUUUUAACGUGGCUCUUAGUUUCAAUAAGGGGAAAUCCUGCUGUAGCAAUAAUUGGCAACAUUUUUGAAGAAGGCCAUGUGCUGUUACAACAUGGUGAUGACCCCUUACCCAAAAUGACUGUAAUGUAAUGUAAUGUAACUAACUGCUGGGUCUAAAGUAUUCACUACAGUCUAAAAAAUAUAUAAUUUCUAAUUUUCUAAUUGUAGUUGACUCCCUAAGGUUGCUAAAACCUCCAAGUUCCAAGAAGAAGAAUACAGGAGACAUGAGCUCGGUGUUUUCUACUAUGGCCAACAUUCUCAGCAUAUCAAUUAUACCCCAUAAACUAAAUGGUGGUAUGUCAUCAUGUCACAUGUUUUCCUCCAGACAUCUGUCACGCUGGUUUUGAAUGACAUAACUCUAUGCCAGCACUAGAGGUCGCACAAUA